AGGCAUGAACAUGGAUUUAUUCCACUCAGAGUGCUUCGUUUUUUUGAUUUUCAUCUGUGUUUCCAAAGCAUUUGACAAUUGGUUUUGUUUCGUUAAGACUGACAAUAAAAAUUUAAAAAAAUUCUACUGCAAGCAAACAUUCGAAUCGGAUAAUGACAGUAAUUGUUUUGACUUGAGAUUUUCGCGAAUAUUUAAUGUGCCCUUCACCGAUUUCGGUGUAACACACUUAAAAAUCGAACAAUGUGAAGUGAAAAAAGUUUUAGUUUCGGUUAAAAGCUACAAGCAGUUGUCAUCUCUGGACAUUUCUUACUCUGGAUAUAAGUCUCUUGAUUCGUUCGACUUACAGCAUCAGAAUUUAGAGAUAUUAAAUUGUACUCACAAUCACCUGAAUCAAAUUCCAAUGCGGAUUUUUUCGAAAACGCCUGAAAUCACAACGAUCGAUUUCUCAUAUAAUCAUUUAGAAAAGAUUGAAUCGAGCAGUUUUGAAGCGGCAAAAAAACUCAAAAGUAUUUAUUUAUCGCACAAUGUCAUAAGGAUUAUAGAAGAAGUGGCGUUUAGCAAUUUAUCAAAUUUACAUUAUGUUGACUUGGACAGCAAUUUUAUUAAAAGAAUAGAGAGUGUGUUCGUCAAUAACCAACACUUACAAACUCUACGAAUCAAAAACAAUUCCUUUAAAUCUGUGCCAAUAAUUGAUUCAAUAAAUGUGUCUUCAUUGCACCUUUCGUGGGACUACUUUCAAUUCUUUGACAUGAAAAAUUUGAGUCGAAAUGUACAAGUGAUUUUUGGUGAUCGAAAAGAAGGAUUUUUUCGCACAUCAACUGGAAUCGUCGAAAUGCAUUGCAACAAUGGCAGUUUAGUGAACUUGCUUCACUUCUACGUGGGAAGCAGCACCGUUGAAAAUCUGUACGAUUUGUUACUGUGUUUAGGAUCAAAACUUUUAACGCUUGAUUUGUCUGGUGCAAUAAUAAAGCAAAUCGAUGGAAAUGCACUUCGGAGAUUCAAAAAUUUAGAAGCAUUAUUUCUGAGUGACGCACAUUUGACGGAUUUUGAUGUGAAUGUAAUUGAAUUUCACACGAAAUUAAGUUGGCUUGAUUUAUCUAAGAAUCACUUAAAAACUAUGAAAAAUGUUCACAUUUUGCAAAAUUUCACCAAAUUGGAAAUAUUUGACGUAUUAGGCAAUCAACUCGAUAACAUACCCGAAAUACUCCGAUAUUUGAAACCAUCGAUCGAUUCGAUUGAUUUAUCCGAAAAUUUUGUGGGGCCACUGAAUGCAACUACAUUCGCCAAAUUCAGCGCAUUGGAAGGGUUAUUCUUGAAGAAUACGAGUUUAUCAUUCGGCCAUUUUAACCCAUUCUCGUCGCUUGAUGAGCUAAUCAAACUUGACCUCUCUGGUAACCAUUUGGAAAAUGUUAAUUUUACGGUUUUAGCAGAAACGUUAAGUCAUAUAUCUCAUUUUUAUGCGGCCGACUGUCAUAUUCAAAAUGUAUCGCAUUUAAUCCAGCUGUUUGGAUCUUCACUUGCAACAUUGGACUUGUCAAAAAACAUUAUUGGUAAUGCAAGCGCAAGCCUGUUCAACAAGCUUCAUUUGACCCAACUGAAUUUAGCUCAUUCGCAUCUGUCGCAUUUGAGCAUAGUUGAAGGCCAGACGAAACUAUUAAAUUUGAAUGUUUCAUUUAAUAAUUUAGAAAAAGUAAACUUUUCGCUAUUGCCAAAGACCAUGGAGAAAAUUUAUUUAGAAGGAAAUGAUUUGAGUGAGAUCGAUGGCCUUGCGUCCAAAACAAGAUUUCCCCGAAUCAAUUCAUUAGCAAUGUCAUUGAAUCUCUUUUCAUGCGAAUAUUUGGCAACAUUUGUGCCAAAUUUGACACGAGAAUGGACAAAUUUAGAGCUCAUUGGAGAUCCGUGGAAACAAAAACAUGGUGAAGAUUGCCAUCUCAUUGUUCAAAGUUCAACUGAAAGUACAGUAACCGAUACAGUCACCGCCACCGAGAUUCCAGAAAUAGAAUCAUCAAAACUGCCACAAUACUUGGUCACAAUCGGUGUAUCAACACUUUUUAUUGUUGUGUGUUUUGGAUUAAUUCUCGGUAGACGAUUAUGGCACAGAAAAAACAGCGAAGAACCACUGAAAAGAAAUACAGGAAAUAGAACAGAAGAACCGAUUGAAAUGGCAGACUUAUCAGCUAGAAAUGACAUUUCUUCCGAAACUGUUACACGGCCUACAUUAUCUGAAGAACAUAUUUAUGAGGAAAUUCCAGAUAGGGGAGACACCUAUGAUCACCUGCGACAUGAAUUCAAUCCAAUGCCAAUUUCAACCAAUACACACUAUGAUAAUCAAUUACUACGAAAACAGCCAAACCAUACUCAUAAGUUUUUCGAACAGUUUAAAAAAUUGGUAACUCUCUCGGUCGUUUUUACUGCGCACUGCACCAAAAUGAGUGUAAAGUUUUUCCUUUUUGUUUGUGUGAUUUGGCAAAUGGAAUCGGUUUAUUUAAAUAGCAUCGAAUCAUGUAGCUAUUCGAACUCAUCGGUGGUUUUCUUGUGUUCGGGCGCAUCGAAUGACGAUUGCAAUUUUUUCAAUGAGACCGAUUAUAGCAAUUGUAAAACAGAGAAUGGAUUGAAUAUCGGUUUUGAACGUGCAAAAGUCGAAAAAGUUAGUUUUCGGGAUUGUAAACGCAAGGAAUUACCGAUGAAUCUGUUUGGUGUGUAUAGGAGGAUUCAAACACUGAAUAUAACGAAAAUGUCAUUGGAAAAGCUACCUGAUUUGGACAAUGUAGCCAGUUUGGCCCAACUGUACGCAUCGCAUAAUUCAUUAUCGACAAUUCCGAAGUUGCCAAACGACAUUCGACAAAUCGACUUGUCAAACAAUGUGAUCAAUGCUUGCGAAUUCUUCGAAAAUAAAGAAAAGGUGUCGACUUUGAAUCUUGCCUUCAACCAAAUAAGCCAUCGCGCUGAUUGUUUGUCGCAAAUAUCUGAAAAUUUGCAAUUUUUGAAUUUGAGCCAUAAUCGAAUCGAUAAGAUUCCCGAUAAUUUUUUUGAAAAUGCCAGCAAACUUCAGGAAAUCGAUCUAUCACACAAUAAGUUGAAAAUGAUAAAUGUAACGCAACCAAAUCAAGUGAAAUCCAUUCGCUUAAACGAUAACCAAAUUGAAAAUUUGAAUAACUUUGAAAAAUUUGUAAACUUGGAGGAACUGUUUUUAUCAAAUAAUAAAUUGUACGUCCCGAAAAUCAGUCAAAUAUUCCCAGGAAACUCGAAGUUGCAACGAUUGAAUAUGGCAAACAUUGGAUUAAAGACAUUGGAUAAAAGCUUUUUUGAAAAUUUAACUGGAUUAAAGUUUUUGGACAUAUCACAGAAUAAAAUCGAGACAUUGUCGGGUGAUGUAUUUAAUGGUCUUUCGAAGCUUGAAUACUUGGAUAUCUCACAGAAUAAAAUGCUGAAAACCGUAAACGAAAGCAUGUUCAAGCAAUUAGAUAAGCUUAAGCAUGUGAAUUUAUCACGCAUAGAAUUAUCCGAAAUCCCACUGCGAACAUUUUCAUCACAAUGUGAAUUGGAGUCGCUGGAUUUAUCUGGAAAUCCCAUCAUGACGCUGAACGCAAAGAUUUUUGCCACUGAAAUGAACCAACUCACAACACUUGUGAUCAAAAGUUGUCGGAUGAAAAAGCUUGAAGAAUUCAAUAGAGACUCGUUCCCGCGCCUGAAAAUUGUGGGUGUUGACAAAACUAACGAAUUUACUUGCAAGGAUUUGGAAAUGCUUUCAGUUAGGUUAGACAGUGAUCGAUGUCCGAUCAAAUAUUGGACUGGUGACAAAAUUACAAUCUGGUGCCUCAGUGCAACUGUCAUCAUUCUAGUAAUAAUCAUCAUCGGUGGCAUUGUUUGGUAUAAACUUAGACAGAGACGUAUCGACCCGUGUUUUAAUUUAUCCCAUGACUACCGACCAAACUUCAGUCAAAAUUCCAGAACUGCAACCAUUAACAAACGACAUCGACCACCUCGACCACCAAAAACCACCAUAGUGACCACCCAAGAAAAUAACUAUGAAAUUCCUGACUCGUUCUGAAAUAAGGCGAGAUUUUAAAAGUGAAAGAGAGGACAGAAAAGUUAGUCACCGUGAAUCAGGGAAAUUUUUUUUUUUCUGCUGACUCAACUCCUUAUUUUUAUCAUAUUCCAUUUGUUUUAUCGCUUCUUCCAAAUAUUUUGAUGUUUAGUCAUAAUUUUCUGAAUUUUACAAUGACAUAUUUGAAAAUUUGUAGAAUAUAACGUAGUGAAUAAAUAGUUCCUUUAGCCAUUUAUUAGUCAAACAUUUUUGCUUUUGAUAAUUUGAUAAUUAAA